AUGGAUACCAGUCAACACUUAAACUCAUCAAAAAAUGAACCUACGGACUCGAUGAUAACUGCCGCCAAAAACGAUUACGCUUAUCGACUUUACAUGCACACUCAACAACAACUUUUACGCGCAAAAUCAAAGCAACAGUCAAAUCACCAAAAACAUAGAAAAAAAGAUAAAAAUUCAGUUAAUAAAACGGAUGUUGAGGAUAUUGACAAUAUUAAAAAAAAUAAUGGUGGGUCAUUCUCAUCUCCAGCAUUUAAUAAUCAACGAUGA